GCUGCACACGUUUUAACGUCAUUUCAUCAAAAUUUAUUGGUUGAAUACUGGUUAAUGUCUAUGAGCUUAAAUGGGUUUUUAACUUACCGCAACAAAAUAUUUGGUCUGUUUUCUUGUUGUGGUCAUUGUCGUCAUUUUUGGAGGGCGUCUUGCGACACCAAUUGUGCUGGACUGCUGGAGGGGAAAAGAGGAAUGCCUUCAACUGGGCACAACACGGAGAGCUCCGCCUUCAGUGGAAAACUUGGCUUUCUAUUGUGGCGCACUUAAGCGCCGUCUACCAUCUACUUAACAGUGUGCGCACUCCAAGUAAAACUAGCGGAUUUUGAAAUUGUCUUCGAAUCGGAUAGUGCCUAACUAAUUGAAAGCCGACGAGCCAAGUUCAGGUGCGAGCGAUACGCGAUGAAAAACGCCAAGAAACUGACGUUGCUGGCCAGUCGGAGACUCCGCCUUGGCUGCCCGGGGAGAACAAUGGCCAACACCCAACAUGUGCUGCUCAGUACCCUAGCUUGUGCCGUUUUUCUCGUAUGUUGUGUUAUCCUCUACGCAAACGUUUCGGAAGAAGAUAAGAGAAUGAAAAGAUCCAUUGUCUCAGCCAAUCGAGGUGAGGCAAUGGUCAAAUCGAAUGACGUCAAGACGCCCGAACGAGAGACUGCGAGAGACAAAAUCGGCAGACUGAUUUUGUUCUGGACUCAGUAUUUCGGCACAAGAGAUUACGAAUUCAAACUGGGACAGGAAGGCUUUGCUGAAGCUGGUUGUCCAGUACGAAAUUGCGUCUUGACGGCCGAUCGGACGCUGUUCAAUGUCAGCGAUGCAAUCAUUUUUCAUGCCAACGAUUUCGAUGAAAAUGAUUUGCCAGACCCACGACAUCGUCGACCGCACCAGCGAUUCAUUUUUUACAAUUACGAAACAAUGGUCGAGUUUGAGGACUACCCCAUGUUCACCCAAACUAAACAUUUCUUUAAUUGGACCAUGACUUAUCGAAGAGAUUCUGACAUUUACGAUGUCCGGCCGUACGGUUCACUUAGAAGGCGGGCGGAUGCGAGUCUCCCACCUUCUAGCAUGCCCAUCAGACUCACACCGGGUACACUACCAGCUGAUCCAGCCUCCCUAAUGACGCCAUUCUCAAACCGUUCCAAAAGUCUCCCAAUUUUAGCCAAAAAGAAGAAAUUACUCGCUUGGUUUGUGUCUCGCUGCCACUCCGACAGCCUCAGAGAAAAAUAUUUCCAACUGGUUGGCCAACACGUGCCCAUCGACAUUUACGGUGGAUGUGGUCCGCUCAAAUGCAUGCCUUCGAGGAGCGAAAAGUGCGACAAGUUGCUGGACAGCUACAAGUUCUACGUGGCUGCCGAGAACGCCAUUUGCGCCGAUUACGUUUCAGAGAAAUUCUACCGAGCCCUGGCGUCCGACAUUGUUCCCGUCGUCUACGGAGGAGCCGAUUAUUCCGCCUACGCUCCACCAUUGUCCUACAUCGAUGCCGCAGAUUUCGUUUCUCCCAAAGCCUUGGCUAAUUAUCUGAAGCUGCUUCAUGAAAACGACGGCCUCUACUUGAAAUACUUUGACUGGAAAAAGGAUUACGAAGUGGUGAGUCGACCGGCCGACGGUUGGUGUGAGCUUUGCAAGAAACUCAACGAUCCCAAUCAACUUGCUAAAGUUUACAAAGAUCUAACCGAUUGGUGGUUUCAUAAGGACAUACCCUGUCAUUCUGGGUAUGAUUUCCUUAAAGGAUUGCUACAGAUCAAUGUGUAAACGAUGAAAGAAUUAAAGAGAGCCAUAUACUUUCCUAUGUAAGAAUUACAAGGUGAGAAGUGUGAGUAUGACUAACAAAAGAUUGUAUUUCCAUAAAUAUGUACAGUUUUUUGUUGAACCAGUUGAACGCGUACACAAUAAGUGUUUACGUCGUUUCUCAUUGGGUUCAGCACAUCCGUUACGGGUUCGUAUGGAGUCGUAACUUGUAAAUCAGGUAUUCGUAUACUUUCAGUUGGUAAUCCUUGACGUAGUGGAAGGCCACGGCGUGUUGUGAGCAGCAUUUCAUGUCCUAAAUUUCAUUGACCAACAAUGGAACCAUAGUGACCGUACUGUUCACGACACACUUAGUAAUACUGACCUGUUUGAGCGGAAAAUAGAACGACCAUUCACGCAGCAUCCAAUAAUCUUCAGGUUUGUAUUUCAAAUGGCCGCAUAUCAUUUCUUCCAGGCUAAACGGUAGAAAACGUUCCUCUUCGUUCUCAUCACGAGAAUCUCCAGCUGCCACGUUCAACUUUUCUAAACAGCUUCCUGCAACAAGUACAAACAGUUUUGUAUGGUUGUCCAGCACUGCACGAAUCAUUGGACAAAAUGGAUGGUGUACCUAACUUGGCAUCCUCAAGUCCUUUGUGACCAGUUCGACGAACCGACGUACGGCUUCUUUCGUCAAAACGUAACCCGAUCCACCGGACAUGAAAUGCUUGCCGUUGUUGGGAUUUUCGUACCUAAAUCCGAAAUGGGUUGGUUUUGCAGCAUCGUAGGAGGACAGCAAGUGACGCAUGUUCUCCAUCACAGCGUACCUAAUUUAACACGGCAAAGUAACUAAAGCUCAACAUUGCUGCAACUUUCACCGAGAAAUGGUCUUUACGUGUCAUCAUCGGCCUUGUAGAACCAAUCAGCUUCGUUCAAGUGAUACGUGUAAAUGUAUUUGAGAGCCUCUUUGGUCUUGCCCCAUAAAUUGGCGUAGGUAUCGUUCACGGGUAAGACGAUGGCAUCAGGUAAUACCUCAUCUUUUAAUGUUUGAAAGUGCGAGUUCCAGCAAUCCGAAUUUCACUUCAAAUUUUGAUUUACCUUGAGCAGAACUCAUGAAUAGUAAGGUGUCGCAACGUUUGCCCCAAGUUUCUCUAAUUAGACGAGCUCUGUUGUGAGUUUUGGGAGACGUGACGAUCCAGCAGAGAAUUCGGUCUCGUUUCUUCAGUGACAUUGCGCUGGAUGUGUCACUCAUUUGUAAUCCUGCCUCUGUUGUGAAAUUUAUUGUGUCGCCACCGUGGCCUUGCCAGUGAGUACGGAAGACACCGUGAUUGUAACAAGUCCAGGACUGCGCUAAUACUUUAGACGAUUCAAAAGCGACUGAUUGUCUAACUUUUCUACAUCAGCACAAUCAGCCGAGUGUCUGUUUGUUUCCUGUGACCCGAAGGCAAAUGAAAUGCCGCGGGCCAGUGCGUCGCUACGGUGCGAUUAGAAACGAAAAAAAACCUCCGUUUACGAUUGGAAAUCCGAGGCUCUCGAAACGGUUAGCGGACAAUGCUGUCGUGCGAGAAUCGAGAAAAUUUGAUUCGAAUCAAUACGAACUGGUUUGUGGACAUGGCGUCGGAAAAGGGAGCCUCAACCGGAUAGAAAAAUCGAUCGGACAAAAGUUUGACAUCUUCGCAUUGAUUGCUUUUUGAAUUGCCCGCCACUACACCGCACAUCCUGCUCAUGAUUUCACCCACUAGUGCCGGCCCGUGAUAAGCAUACGCUUCCGGAUCGUAUUCGACGGCCAAUAAUCGGACGAGUUCGGCAGACAACCAGUGGCCGCGUUCCAGGUGCAUCACCCCGUUGCUAAACACUUCCAGUCUGCUGCUGCCGUACACCAAACAAUUACGGAACACGUCACCUUGGAUGCGGAUGUAAUCGGACAGACUGAGGAAUCAUGGUCCAACAUUCCAAUGCCAACGAGACAAUAAUGACUGCCAACUUCUUGCCAUCCUUGAACAGAUACAAUGGCCUUGGUAAAAGAAGAUUCUUCGUAAAAUUUUUAGAUACAUAGGCUACCAAAAACGUCUGUAACUCUGGUCUGGCGCCGCUGUCUCCACUUCCCGCUUGCCAUUCCACAUACUAGUGCGUUGAACUCGUAUGACAUGUAGGCUAACGGUGGCGUCUACCUAUAACGUGCUGGGUUUCUGUUGAAAAGUUUAAUUCUCUUGCUGGGCGUAUUUUCCAUCCAGAAUCGUUACACCAUGCAAUCUCGUAUCCCAAAAAUCCCAGCAAUGGAAAUCGCGUGAAACUACCAACGUCCCAUGGAUUCUAUUCGGAAUCGAAGCGGACGAUCUUGAUCCAUCGAAGCUUAACCCAGUCAUGAUGCUGUUCCACCGAAGACUCAAAGUUGGUGUGAAUUUCUGUGCUUAAAUGGGCUACUUUGGACAACAUGCCCGGACGCCUUCAUAUCGGGCGAUGGGAACAUACUUGGUCGUAAAUGGAAGAAAGUGGCCGCAUUUUACCAAUUGGAGAAUAGCAUUUCAAAUAUUAAAUUCCAUUCGUCAGCGUCUCCAUCGUAUAUCAUCCAGUCGUUUACAGCGCGCCAACAGCAAGAAAUCUUUCCCGUCUUGUUGAUGUCUGUUGUCAUCAAUAGCCUCGACAUGGCAGAUUUAGGCUUCAUUUUCACAGUUCUCCAACUAGCUCGAAUGCAUAGUUUUUCAGUAUGUGUGUAUUAGCAACCUAACCAGCUGACACAGCCUCGGAUAAUAAAGCUCCUUUAUAACUA